AUGUGUUUGGACAAGUGUCGUGUGGACCGAGGAUCAACGUCAACGUCCAUGUCAACACCAACGCCAACGCCGACGCAAAUGCCGAUGCGGAUGGAUUCAGCGGCCAAGCUGCGCGCAGGGCUCGAGUACAAAAGUGCGGGCAACGCUGCGUAUGUUCGGGGCGAGACAAGCAGUGCACUGGCAUCGUACCACCAUGCGGUGCUGUACCUGUGCGCCCCGGAAUCGCGCCGGAUUCUGGAUGUGUUUAGUGCAAACUCGCUACCCGAUCGAGCACAACCGGUGUCUUGUGAUGUAGACCAGCGUGUCGAUGACGCACAAGACGUGGCAAGCCAGAGUCAAACGCAGCUCUCGCUCGUAUACAGCAACAUGUCGGCGUGCUAUCUGAAGCAGAACAAGUACCAGCGAGCGAUUCAGACGGCUGACAAGGCGCUCCAGUGCAACGCGCACAACGUCAAGGCCAUCUUUCGAAAAGCAAACGCUCUCCGACUCGACAACCAGCUGUAUUCAGCCGAACGCUUCCUCUCGGAAUCCAUCCUCACGCUCAGAGCCAACAACACAGAUGCACAGCUCCUACAUCCUUUGCACGCCGAGCUCAACGCCGUCCAGCGCGCGAUAGCCGACAAACACGCGCUCGCAAGCAACAAGUGGAAGGGCUUCCUCAACAAACACCCGUCUGUGCUACACGAGUCGCACUCAGCAUCGUCCAUGUGA